AAAAUGACAAGAGCCGCGGAAAAAAUUAUGGGUCUAUCUCUUAUAGUCUCCGAGAUCCAGUGUUUCAUACGCAUAGACAGACAGAUGGACAUAGCCAUAUCGUCUUGGCCAUUGCCCGUUACACAAAUAUACUGCAGGCCCAAAGUUAUAAUACCUUUCUACCCUAUGGGUAGCGGGUAUACAAAGGCUAAUUGAUGGUUGCACUAACUUAGGUUAGUAGUCAAAUUCAAAUAAUUAGGGCUAGCUGGGACAAAAACCUCGAGCUUUUCGAAGUAUGUAUAAAAAAGCUUUUGCAUUGACUAGAAAAAAAACAAUAUUAACUGGCUUGGCGCUGUCGCUAAUAAAUAAAAAACAGUUGAUCCUAACAUACGCAAUCUUAAGGUCAGAUGCCUCAGUCUCAAUUACUCUCUCGCGCUCUCUGGUCGUGUGAUGCUAACUCAAGUGAUUCGAAAAGUGAAGGGUUGUAAACGAAGAUUUGCCGAGCUGAUGUUAAUUCUAAUGGCCGUGAGUGUGCGAGGCACCUUAUGCUUGGCAUAAGACAAGAAAUAGUGUUUGCUAGUCUACAGGUGAACGUUCGCGUAUAGAGUUGAAGAGAGGCAAAUGGUGAGCAAGAAGAGAGUUUAUGCUGCAUGUGUUUAACUUAAUUUGCUACUCACGUACUGACGUGUUGCCGACGACAACAGCAACAACAACGACGACGAAGACGAUGGCGCUGCCGAGUGGCUUCGUCGGGAGAGUAAGAUCGUGAAUGUUUCAGGCGGGUCGAGCUGACAGAGCAAAUGAAAUAACUGCAUGAUAGACUCAAAACUAACUUCCAACAGCACCAGCGAAAAAGCGUCAAAGGCAAAAGCAAAAGUCGCUGCGCAAACAGCCGCAGCAGCAGAGAGUGGCAGCGACAGCAAUGGCAAAAGCGUUAAGAGCACCAAACAGACUUGAUUUCAGCCAACGCCAAUCAGUCUGUGCGAUCACUUCGAGCAUUUAAGACUUGUGCAGCGCAAAACAAAGAAAGAAUACAAAGUAUUAAGUAAAUGUAAAAACUUGAAAAUAAAAGAAAAGAAAAUAAAAGGUGUCGAAUCCCGUUUUUGCUGCUACAGAAAACCUUUUAAAUAAGAAAACUUAAACGUGCGGUUCGAAAGUGAAAAGGCUGCCUCAAUAAAUCGUUAACAUUCAAAGCCUACAACAAGCGAACAACUUAAAUCUCAAUGCAGCUGUUGUCGGUUUAAUAACAAAAACAUUUUGGCGAUUAUAGGCCAAAGACAAAGAGAAGUGUGAGAGAAGGAGAAAGAGAGAGAGAGAGAGAGAUAUAUAUAGAAGGAAUCAAACAAAUCAGACUAAAGCAAUUCAAAACAACAAUGAAUCAAACACAAGUGAAUAAUUUCUUAAAAUGCUUCCUGCAAAUUGAUGAGCCCGUUAACCACUUGGCAGCACGUCACGAUGAUCACGACGAUGAUGACAAUCUCGAUCACGAUCAUGAUCAUGAUCACGAUCACGACGAGUCCGGUUCUCUGUUGAUGGCUAAAGUAACCGCCAUGGUGGUGCUUUGUUGCGCCAGCGCUCUCUGCGGCUCCAUUCCGUUCCUGCUAAACCGAUUCUACCAUUGGACUGAGAACCAGACUAAUGCUCGCUCGGCGACUGUGGUUAAGUGUUUGUUGUACUUUGGCGGCGGAGUUCUCCUAGCAACCACAUUCCUCCAUCUGCUGCCCGAGGUUCAGGAGGUGGUCGAGCAGUUACAGGAGUGCGAGCUUAUUCCCGAGCUAACUUUCCCGCUUGCUGAACUGCUGAUGUGCUGCGGUUUCUUUCUCAUGUAUUUCAUCGAGGAGGCAAUGCAUAGCUACAUGCAUAGGAAUCAGCAGGACAAUGCUGGCGCUGCAUUUGAGCGCGGCCACAGCAUUCGCCAUAGCCAUUUGGUGAAACCAACCGCUGCUGCACCUGGGCAGACCACGAAUGCAGCUGAGUUGGCUGCACCAGUGGCAAACGCCUCGCUCUCUGUGCAGGAUCUCAUGCAAAAUGAUUUGGAGCAGCAAAAGUAUGGUGCAGUUCACCAUCAGCAGCAUAGUCACAAUCACAGCCAUGCCCACAAUCAUGGCCAUAGCCACAAUCACAUGGUUAUUGCAGACGCCUCAGACGACAUUCUUGCCUCGUCCCUACGUGGACUCUUCAUCGUGUUGGCGCUUUCGUUGCACGAACUCUUUGAGGGCAUGGCCAUCGGCCUGGAGAGCUCCGCCAAUUCGGUAUGGUUCAUGUUUGGUGCAGUCUCGGCCCACAAGCUGGUACUCGCCUUUUGUGUGGGCGUUGAGCUGAUUGUGGCACGAACCCGUCUCAGCCUCGCUGUUCUAUAUGUGCUGACAUUUGCCGUGGUCAGUCCUUUGGGCAUUGGGCUGGGCAUUUUGAUUAGUCAUGGUCAGAGUGGAGGCGGGCCCAAUCUGAUAUCAGCCGUACUGCAAGGCUUCGCCUGCGGCACUCUCAUUUACGUCGUGUUCUUCGAGAUACUAUCAAAGAAUCGCUCCGGUCUACGGGCUUAUCUGGCGCUCUUUGUCGGAUUUGUGAUUAUGUUCGGAUUGCAACAGCUCGGUGCAAGCGGAGGUCACGGACAUAGUCACGGCAGCUGUUCCUCAACAGAUGCUCACGAUCAUCAUCACACUGAGAGUGAAUCCAGCACAGACCACCACGCACAUCACAGUGAGGCUGAACAGCUGGUUGCUGCCCAUAAGUAUCAGGAAAAACUACAGGUGUUGCGCCAAGUGACCCAAAAGCUGCUAGAGGCCCAUCCCAAGCAUAAAUGAUUGAAUUACCCAUGAUGAAUAUGAAUAUACUUCAUUAGUUUCAACUGUUAAGCAGAGAUUGUACAUUAAUACUGUAAAAUUAUUUAUCUAGGUAGCAAUCAAAUUGUAUAUAAUUGAAAUGAAAAUUUUGUUCUUACAUUAAUAUUACUUAAGCAUCACAGUUUUAUAAAUUAUCAAAUAAUUCGAAGCUACGUAUUCUUAUAGAAUACAAUUCAUAUUUCUACGACAUUAAUAGUAUUGGUUAAUAAAUUAAUGAUAUUAUAACGAAGA